AUGGCACGAAACUUUUCUGUUGAAAAUCACUUCUCAGAUGAUCCAAAAUCAUGGUUUGGGAUGGAAGAGAUUGUGAGCAAAGAACGUAACUCUGUAUUCCUGUACAUUUCGUAUGACGAUCGAAGGGUUUCUCUUUGGGUUUUGAAAGCAAACGGAGACACUUUCUUUCGACAACACGAAGAAGUCGAUGACAAAUACCUCAUGGCUGCGAAAGCUUUUGAUUUGAAUAGUUCUUUCCACACGAGUCUCCGCCACUUUGGCAUUUUACCCAAACAGAAAUGUGAAGAUCGAUUCCUGUGUGAAACCAUACCCAUAUCGCUUCACGAUGGAAACGAAACAGAUUUGAGAGGCGAGGACACUAAAGAAACUGAAAGGAGACUUUCUGUGUGUUUCAAGGCGAUCAUCGCUCCAGUGGCCGAUCUACUCACCGAGCCGGAAAUCAUCAUUGUUCCCGAACGUAGCUUGUACGGGGUCCCAUUUGCCGCCAUACGUGACCAUCCUGGCGGAAAGUGUUUAGCAGACACCUUCAGGAUCCGCAUCGUCCCUUCUUUGACGACUCUUAAGUUUAUUCAGGACUGCCCAGCGGACUAUCACAGUCAGACCAGUGCACUGGUUGUAGGUGAUCCCAUGGUAGGAAGGGCACAUUACAGGGGAAAAAUAAAAAACUUCACAUCACUGGCCAGUGCAAGAGAGGAAGCAGAGAUGAUCGGAAAAUUGCUGGGUGUUCAGCCUUUGUUAGGAGAGCGUGCGACAAGAGAGGCGGUACUUCAAGCAAUGAACUCAAAGAGUUUGAUUCAUAUUGCUGCCCAUGGUAAUCCCGACAGAGGAGAGAUUGCCCUUUCCCCCAGACCCUCUUCGAGUAACAUUCCAGAGGAAGAAGACUACCUUUUGAGGAUCUGUGAUAUUUCAAAAGUUAAGCUGCGAGCUAAACUGGUGGUACUCAGCUGUAGUCACAGUGGACGUGGAGAGAUCAAAGUCGAGGGAGUCAUUGGGACUGCUCGAGCGUUUUUGGCAUCCGGUGCCCGUUCAGUUUUAGUGACACUGUGGGCCAUAGAGGACAAAGCAACAGAGCAGUUUAUGAGGCAUUUCUACAGACACCUUGUUGACGGACUUAGUGCCAGUGAAUGUCUUCACAAGGCUAUGAAAUGGCUGAGGAACAUCGGCUUUACCAAAGUUUCCCAAUGGGCUCCAUUCAUGUUGAUUGGAGAUGACGUCACAUUUGACUUCACAAAACAAAGAAUAGAAGAAUCUGACCGUAAAGGACAUGAAUGA